AGUGAUGCCUUAGGAGCUUAUUGAGAGAACAUCUAAAAAAAAAAAAGCUCUUGUCCUUUUCCUCUUACAUCGUGUUUGACUUUCUUGGAGAGAGGUUCGGUUCGGUUCAGGUGCACUGCUUGUUAUCAUGACUUCAUUUUAUGGGAUAUUAUUUUUUUUAUUUGUGUCAGUGGGCUCCUUGGCGACACAGGGGUCCCACCGGAGUAAGCGUGGUUUGCUGGAGCUGGCUGGGGCCAUCAAAUGCAGCACUGGGAGAUCAGCUCUGUCCUACAUGAUGUACGGCUGCUACUGUGGUCUGGGUGGACAGGGCUGGCCUAGGGACGAAGCAGACUGGUGUUGCCACAAACAUGAUUGCUGCUAUGGAGAAGCUGAAGCAAACGGCUGUGGUACCAAAACGAGAGGCUAUCACUGGAGCUGUGAGGACAAGAAAGCAGAGUGUGAGGACCCCAAGGACAAAUGUGAAAAAAUUCUAUGCAAAUGCGACAGAGAACUUGCAAAAUGUUUAGGAAAAGCUCCGUUCAUCAAGAAAUACGCUAUGUGGCCGGACUUUAUGUGCGGACAAAAACAGCCUAUGUGUAAUAUUUACUGACGCAGUAAACCCAGCCUCCCAAAUACCAUCUGUGCCAUUAUACAAUAUACAGCAAUAAAUUCAUAUCUGCCUCAAUGAUAUGUUGUAUUAUCACUAUAUAAAACAAAUUCCUUAUAUUUCAAAAUAUACCUGACAUGGCACUUGUUGUAUUUUUUCUU